AACAACAAAUCCGAUAAGUUUUCAGUACUCGAUCAGUCGCUGUGUUGUACGGUUGGCCGUGUAGUGAAAUUUACAGCCGAUUUACCCUUGCCUAGCACCCAAAUCGAGAUAUUUUUACGAGAAACGACCACCAAAUCCGGCCGACUAUCAUGCGCAUACAGAGAUCUUGUAGCAGCUGUGCAGGAGAGUGAAGAGAAGUGCAGGUUUAGACCGGAGUCGCAGUCCGCCAUAUUCGUUGUGCAGAGGAGAGGCAGCUGGAGAGUCCGGCCUGUGUCCUCUAGCCUCUUGCUGCACCCUACAACACCUGCUGCACCAACACCUCCCCUUCGUCAGGAAGGCCAAGGACUGAUACAAGAGUGCGACUGGUGGCUGCACUAUCCCCAGUUAACCCAUCCAGUUAACUACCCAUUGAACUCCUCCACCGUCUCGGCCUAGAUUUAAAGUUCUGCAAAUUGGUCUUGAGUUGAUCGAUAUAAAUCAGUACCACGUUAACUAGGGGAGUGAGAGGGACUUCAGGGAGGCUCUUGGCACGGUCGCUACCGUAGUGAAGGUUGGACGUAGGCCUAUAGAGGGACAAAAAAGGAUGGCUAUGCAGCCGUCGAGCAGCGCCGUGCGAGCCUUGUCUCUGGAGUACCGAGGCCUCCAGGAUGAGCCCGUCGAGGGCUUCUGCGUCAAGCUCCUCAACGAGGACAACCUCUUCGAGUGGGAGGUGGCCAUCUUCGGGCCCCCAGACACGCUAUAUCAAGGAGGAUAUUUCAAGGCACAUGUGAAAUUCCCGCCUGACUAUCCCUACUCACCACCUUCCGUCCGAUUCCUGACUAAGGUCUGGCAUCCAAAUGUUUACGAGAAUGGUGACUUGUGUAUCUCUAUCCUCCAUCCUCCAGUUGAUGACCCUCAGAGUGGGGAACUUCCUUGCGAGCGCUGGAAUCCUACACAGAAUGUGCGCACAGUGUUGCUAUCUGUAAUUUCACUGCUGAAUGAACCUAAUACUUAUUCUCCGGCCAAUGUGGAUGCUUCCGUUAUGUACCGCCGCUGGAGGGAUUCGAAGGGCAAGGAUAAAGAAUAUGAAAAUAUUAUCAGGAAACAAGUGAUGUCAUCUCGUAGUGAAGCUGAACGUGAUGGCGUGGUAGUUCCACUUACGCAAGAAGAUUAUUGUAUCAAGACCAAAGUUAAGCCAGAUACCGAGCCUGUAGAUAUGUAUGAUUUCUAUGAUGAUGAUUAUGACAUUGAUGAUGAAGAUGACGACGACGAUGAAGAGCUCUCAGAUAAUGAUAUUGAUGAUGGCGACGACAGUGGUAAUGGUGAAUCGUGAUAGGCUGGUAUCGGUAUACACACUGGAGGGUGGUCUAGUUGCUGGCCCGAAUGCUUAAACGUCCCUAGAGUAAUAGAAAAAUCAGCCAAACAUAGUAAUUUUUCACAUUGCAUUAAUUGAUCAGUUAUGAAAAGUGGAUUCUCCUGAACCUGCCAACUCUUAAGCAGUUAUUUAAGAAUUCGGGCAGAAAUUGAAGUGAAGUCCAAGGUAGUGCCACCCAGUUUCCCUCACACAUCACCCAUUGUUAUCACUAUCACAUUGGCCCCAUGCAUCUUAUGAAUCCUUGAUCAAUUUGUACGUGACUCCUGUGCAAGGAUGUCUGUGACUACUAAUUUUCUGUCAUUGAUUUGACAAUGUGACUCGCCAGUGUACAUUCACAAAUGCGUUGCUGCGAUCACGUUCACUUGUGAAAAUGAUAACUCUCACGCACCCACGUUUCGGGAGAUGUGUAUAUGCCGACUGAUCUUCAAAGUCAUCGUCACUUUCCGUGGUAACUAGAAUUGCCGCUGUUAUCAGAGUGAGUGUGGGGCAUAUGAUGAGUUCACUUGUGUUUUUGAAAGAUCACACAAUUUCUCUCAUUUUUUCUAGAUUAUAUUAAUAAUUUAUUGAAGAUGACAAGUGCUGUGAGUUUAUUAGUGAAAACAAAUAUUAUUUUUGUUUUUCUUUCUUAGUGGGAGUAUGGGGCCAGAAAUUGCAGAGAAUAUAAAUUAGAUCUUAUGUUUUUGGCAUAUGGUAUUUGUAAAUUGAAUUGGAAUUAUCAAUAUUUAUCACAUUUCAAAUAAGCCUAAGCCAGUUUUUAUUAUUCUAAAAGGGGGUUAAUUGAUAUUGUGCUAUACAAGAAAAAAUACUUAAACAAAUCAGCCUUCACAUAGAAAAGUAAUAGUGUUUGUAAUUUUGUUGGUGGCAAAUAUGGUGAUCAACACUAGCUUUAAGGUUGAUUUGAACUUGAGAUAUCAUUGGCAACUCAGCCUUAAAGAUCUUGUGCCUGAAUAACAAGCAAAGUGUAAACUGCAGUGUUGCCACUGGCAGCUAUGCAGGCAACAGACUUCGUUACUCGUUAUGUUCACAACUUUUAUCAAAAUGCAAGUUUGUUUAGAGCUUAUUCUAUGAGGCAUGGCUCGAGGGGGGGAGGGAAAUACUUUAUAAUGCCAUAAUUACAAAUUUUGCAUAUGUGAAAAGAUUGGGGACUCGAUGCAGGAUCAGAUUAACUGUAUGAGGUAGUUUAGAUUGAUGUGUAUCAUGUGAUUUGCAAAGUUGUCUUCAUCUAUGAAAAAUUCUUGUUAAAUUGUUUGACAAUAAUAUUGUGUGAACGCUAUGUACUUUAUUUCUUUUCACAAGUAAUAAUUCCAUCCAAACUGAGAAAUAUAAUUUUUCAUGUAGAGUAAUUAAAAGCAAGUUUCAGAUGUUUACAUGAAAGAUAUUUAUCUCUUUCCUUGAUUAUCAUUGCCUUCAGCUAUGUGCUGUUUACUCUGAUGUGUAAUGUUCUUGCUACUGCCAUUUUGAGUGUUCCCUUGCUGUAAUCAAUAUGAAUUCAGAUUUGAUAAUGCAGGUUUGAGUUAAUCAGCUGUGAUAGCAAGGAGAAAAUUGUAUGGCCUCGAGGAUUCAUAUAGUUUGGACACACUGUGAGAGCAGAUGAACGGGGAUGGAUUUAAAGAAGUAGGAUUCAUUGUACAUAACUCAUUGUCAUAUUUAUAAUCACCUUUUCUGUGGACUAUGAUAGGAGGUAUGUUACCAUAAUUGAAAAAGUUAAGAUUUCUUUCAUGCAGUCUUUAAGUGCCAGAGUUAUCUAUGAUAUUUCUACAGCUCAAGAUAUCUGGAAGAAAAUUAGAAGAAAUGUAAGCUCUUCUUCAAAAUAACAUAUCUUCCGAAUAUACGCUGAUAUUUGCUCAUUUGUUUCUUUAAUCUCGGUUCUACUAUUGUACUAUGGCUUCACUAGAAGUAAAACAAAAACAUUAAAAAACUUAAGAGUUUACUCUAAGAUAGCAUGAGUACCCAAUUUCAGAUAUGGAUGUUUUUCUAUAUGUAGCAGAAGCUGUAUUUAACGUUAUUUUUGUAUAGUCUUAUGACAGGAGGUAUUCUUAAUGGCACUUUCGAGCGACCUCGUGUGAGAAUAGGCCUCGGUACCAAGUAUUUCAGCAACACUUCAGGUAUUUUGUUUGUAGUGCAUAUACUUCAGUUGCAAGCAAUGCUGUACUUAUACUGUCAUUAACAGCAUCACAAAACUAAUAUAAAUGCCAGAGUUAUUAUCUUAAGUUGCUGAAUAACUGUCCUUCAAAAAACUGCUGUAUGGAGCUGGAUACAGACUGCUGCACUUUUGUAUGGUUAAUUGUAAGGAUUGCAGGCUUCAUUUACUGUAAUAAAGAUAUUGUUACAAGU